ACUGGGCACCAUAUUGCUGUGCAGUAAAAGAAGGUGACUGCAUUACAUACGCAUAAAAAUGAUUCUACAGAUCAACGGAACUGAAGUAAAUUGUUGGAUUAGCACAUGGUGUUUCAACUAUCUGUCCGGUACUCACCAUAUUGCUGAAAAGAGUUACAGAAAAAAAAAGGACAGCUACUGAUGUUAGACUGGAACCCCUCAGCAUUAUCAUUCUGUGCUCCCUCUACAGUUUGCUACAGCAUGGGAUUGUCAGAUUGAACCCCCAGUGCUCUGAACAUCCACUAGAUCCUUGCACUCUACGUUAAGAGAUACUACGCUACAGCUAAAAGUUGGUUCUAGUGGUUGGGUUUAUCCUAGUGAUUCGAUCAAGGAUCUGGUUCUUCUGCUAACGCAUUGUCUGUGGCUGCGGGUUGCGCAUCAGAAAGACACAGAAGCUGCACCUCUACAACCACCAAGGGUCCAGGCGCCAUCCUGUAUAAAUCUCUGACCCUUGCCUUUUCUGAGUUGCUUCUGUUGAAACUACCUUUGUUUCUGAGUUGGCCAUGGAGCCGGACAGAAGCCUAAUUGCCUAUGAGGAGCCACCUCCAGAGCCGAUGGACCUGCUCUCUAGUGCGUGGUGCAGCUCGGCUAUCCAAGUUCUUCAGACAGGACCGAAGGAUUGCUCAAUGGCGCUGGUGGAGCAUCCGGUCAUGACGCUUGACAAUGAUAGGAAAGACCAGUUGCAAAAGAGUGAUCGUAGCUUGGUGGUCGACAGCAGCGGUUUCAGCACGACCCAGUGGAAAUAUGAUGAUCUGAAGUCAUGGAUAUGGCUGCAGAAGGCAAUUCAUCCAGAACUGGAUUACAAUCUUUGUCGCAAGAAGAAAUGGCUCCCGCGCAAGAUGGCACCGUGGAGCGGCAUCUCGCCCAAGAAGUGGGUGAAGGAGCGGAAGCAGAAGCGCAAGGAGGAGGCGCGCCUGCAGAGGGCUGAGGUCCACGCCGCCGUCUCCGUCGCCAGCGUCGCAGCCGCGCUCGCCGCCAUCGCCGCGGAGAACGCUGCGCCGCUGGGCUCGGCGGCGAUGAGGGAGACGGCUGUGGCAUCCGCGGCCACGCUUGUGGCGGAGCAGUGCGCGAAGGUGGCCGAGGCCGCGGGCGCCACGCGCGACCAGAUCGCUGCCGCCGUCGCUGCCGCCGUGGCCUCCACGGACGCGGGCAACGUCAUCACGCUCACUGCGGCCGCCGCCACCUCACUGCGGGGAGCUGCGACGCUGAGAGGACGGCGCAGCUGCGGCGGCCACGGCCAGAACGAGAGGGCGGACCACACGGGCUCGGCGCGGUCGCAGGACGAUCUCGACUUCGACUUCAACCACGCGAGGUCCAGGGCGGCGCUGGCCAAGGGCGACGAGAUGUUCGUCGCGAUGCCGGACGGGAAGUGGAAGCUCCACACGGUGUCCGCGGCGUCGAACAAGCACGGCGAGAUCGUCCUGCGGAUCAAGAAGACGAACAUGGUCAUGGCCUUCUGCCACGCGAAAGAAAGCGUGAUCCACGACGUGCGGCCGUGCGCGCCGGAGAAGCCGAGCCCCGACGUGGGCGCAACGUACCCGGUGGAGGUGUCGACGAGCAAGGGCAAGGUGGAGCUCCGCGCCGACGACUACGCCGUGUACAAGAGGUGGGUCGCCACGCUGAGCCACAUGCUCGUGAUGUCCACCGCCGUUUCCACCAGGCUCGAGCCACCACGGCCGCCGCGCCGGGACUGAACGAUCAACCGACCGACCGGCAUCGGCGCCACGGCACGCCCGGGCUGAGCCGCGCGAUCCCUUGGAGCAACAGCACGAACGACGUCCGUGUCGGUCGCUCGUGUGUAUCGAUGCAAUUGUACCAGUAUUAGCAUCACAGAUUGUGUUCGUGGUUUGAUUCAUCUGGAUGACUCGCCGACCGGGUAGUUUUAGCAGCAUUUCGCUGCUUUACCGAUCAUAAAUUCAUAAUGCUUUUUU